AUGAUUUCAUGGCCUCACCCUCAUGCCCAUAUAACCUCUACUGCCAUCCCUGCCGAACCCACCUCUGUCAACGAAGCAUCUAAGUUUCCCGAAUGGAGAAAGGCCAUGCAACUUGAGUUUGAUGCCCUGCUUUCCAACAAAACCUGGACACUGGUUCUUCCUGCUACCUCUCAAAAUCUUGUGGGCUGUCGGUGGAUUUUCAAGACAAAGUACAUAUCCGAUGGAACCAUAGAAAGUAGAAAGGCGCACCUUGUAGCCAAAGGCUACAGUCAACUUGAAGGAUUGGACUACUCAGAAACGUUUAGUCCGGUGGUAAAGCCUACUUCAAUCAGGUUGGUAUUUUCAGUUGCUAUUUCAUCUGGAUAG